UCCUUAACUGCGUGUUGAAUACGGAAGUAAAUGUUUCCUCUGAUGUCGAUAGGAUGAUCGGAGAUCUGUUGAUAUUCGGGACUUUACUGAUGAAUGCAGGAGCUGUACUGAACUUCAAGCUCAAAAGGAAGGAGUCCCAAGGAUUUGGAGAUGAAUCCAGAGCACCAACAACAGGUGACAACAUUCGAGAGUUCCUGCUCAGCCUACGAUACUUUCGGAUUUUUAUCGCACUGUGGAACAUUUUUAUCAUGUUCUGCAUGAUCCUAUUAUUUGGAUCAUGAUGAACAUUUCUGAUGACUGGGCUCCCAUCAGGAUUGCAGCUUUUUGAGAUUGAUCCUGUAAACUUCCUGUUGAUAUGUGUUUCUUCUUUUGGCCUUUUUUUUUUUUUUUAAGUCUGAGUUGUUUUAUAUCCAUUACCACCCACCUCAACACCACUUCCUUCAGCUGUCAUGGUUAUUUACACCAUGAGUUGCUAUAUUUAAUGUGUGUUACAUGUUGGUCAACUGACUCAGAAAUUAUUUGACGAUACUGCCCAUUUUAAGAUGUGACACCUCAGUCUUUAAUAGAGUGGUGUUUGCUGAGGUUGUUUCCCUUCCCAACAAAGUGUUAAUUUUUGCAUUAAAUAAAUAGUGGGAGUUUAAAGUGGUAACUAGUACACUAAAUGUUCAUCUGUGGUUUAUCAGUUUAUGGUUCCACUGUGAGUGAACACCUCGCACACUGCUGCAAAGGUUAAACUUGCAGAACUUUGGAGCUGCAAAGGAGAAACCCCCAGCUGUUUUCAAGCUUUAUGAUGGCUCAUGAAGGCCUUUUACACCCUUGAUGAACAAUUUGAAUGAGUCAUAA